AUGACGCCAAAUGAGCUAAAUUAUUCGCCAAUUGAAAAGUUAUGCUUGGCACUGGUCUUCUCAAUUCAAAAAAUGAAGCAUUAUUUUCAAGCUCAUGUUGUCCGCCUUAUUUCUAGAGCAAAUCCCAUCAAGUUUGUUAUGUCAAAAUCUGUCCUUAGUGACCGACUAGCAAGAUGGUACCUUCAAUUCCAACAAUUUGAGAUUGUGUACAUCCCUCAAAAAUCCGGGAAGGGACAACCACUAGCGGAUUUCUUAGCAGACCAUCCUAUACCAAAUGAUUGGGAGUUAACUGAUGAGUUUCCUGAUGAAGAUGUGAUGUUAAUUGAAGUUCAACUUCGUUGGAGAAUGUACUUUGACGGGGCUGCACAUCGCGACGGAGUUGGUGCUGGCGUGGUGUUCAUCACUUCACAAAAAGAGAUUCUACCAUUCUCUUUUACUCUAAAACAAUGUUGCUCCAAUAAUGUCGCUGAAUAUCAAGCGCUGAUACUUGGACUUGAAAUGGUCGUUGGCAUGAAACAAUUACAUUUUCAGGUCUUUGGUGACUCUCAAUUGGUGAUUAAUCAACUCUUAGGAAGUUAUGAGGUAAAAAAGCCUGAAUUGCGCCCUUAUCAUGAUUAUGCUCAAAAGUUGAUAAGAUGGCUUGGGGAUGUAACCCUUCAACAUGUGCGUCGAACAGAGAAUAAGAAAGCUUAUGCAUUGGCUACUCUAGCUUCAACGCUAACCCUUCCUGAUCAAACGCAAGUAACUGUCUGUCAAAAAUGGAUAGUGUCACCGUCAAAUGAGGAAGAAUAUACUGAAAAUAAGCUUGAUCAUAUCGUCGCCAUUGUUGAAGCUGCGAAGGAAGAUUGGAGACAACCCAUCAUUGACUACCUAUUUUAUGGGAUACUUCUAGAAAAUCCGAGAAGAAGAACUGACAUACGUCGUCGUGCACCUCGUUUCCUUUAG